AGCGCGUCCCACGAAGAUGACGUCCUCAUCGGGUGACGUGUCAGUUUGUUUACAGCGGUGAGCAGUCGGCUGCAGCUGCUCAGACAUGGCUGUUGAUAUCACGUUACUUUUCAAAGCCAGCGUUAAGACGGUCAAAACCAGGAACAAAGCCAUAGGGAUUGGCUUCGACUCGACCAAAGAUGAAAUUUUCAAGAGAAGCAGACCGAAGAGUGGCUUCUCACCGAGGGCGAAAGAAGUGAUCACGAACAUCACCAAGCUCAAAGACUUUCUGCUACAGCACAGAAAAGAUUAUGUGAGCGCCGGAAGUCUCAUUUCAUCAGACCUUUCCCGCAUGACAGACAAUGACCGUGACCAGAUCGACCAGGAUGCUCAGAUCUUUAUGAGAACCUGCUCUGAAGCCAUCAAGCAGCUACGCAAUGAAGCUGAAAAACAGGUGAUGUCAGCUCAGAUAAAGGAGCACAGGGGAGCGGUGCUAGACCUCAUUGAAACAUACCUAAAAGGUGUAUGCAAGCUGUACUCUGAGCAGAGAGCAAUUAGAGUCAAGAGAAUGGUGGACAAGAAAAGGCUAUCAAGACUGGUACCAGAGCAUCACGGUCCAGUGGAGAAAAAAGUGGAAGUGGAGCCCACAGAGGAGGACACCGUUAAGGAGGGAAGUUCUGAGAAGACUGCAUCAUCAGAGGUCCAGGACAACCCUGUAAACCUGUGGGAGGAGAGCCGAGUGGAAGAUGAGCUCUCCCCAGAGGAAAUUCAGAUGUUUGAGCAGGAAAACCAGAGGUUGAUCAGUGAGAUGAACAGCCUGGUGGAUGAAGUGAGGCAAAUCGAAGGGAAGGUGGUAGAGAUCUCACGACUUCAAGAAAUCUUUGCUGAGAAAGUCCUGCAACAAGAAGCAGAAAUAGACAACAUUCAUCAGCUCGUCGUUGGUGCUACAGAGAACGUCAAAGAAGGCAAUGAGGAUAUACGAGAGGCUAUCAAAAACAACGCUGGAUUUAGAGUAUGGAUCCUCUUUUUCCUCGUUAUGUGCUCUUUUUCUCUUCUCUUCCUGGACUGGUAUGACAGUUAACACGACUGCCCAAAUGGACUCUGGACAACAAGAAACUGCCUGAAGCUGAUACACAAUGCCAAUCUCAGAAGUGAUUGUACAACUAACUGAGAAGUGAAGUGAUGGCAACAGCGAGACUGAACGUGAGAUUAUGUCCUCAAGUUUAAAUGGCACUUAAUUCUUCCCUGAUUCUAUCUAGGGUAGCUUUAAUAUAAAAAUGCACUUGUAUUUUAACAUCUUGCCUUUCUCAGCCAUGAGUAACAAUGGUUUGACUGGAUUUCGAUCCCUGUGAAUCUCUUCCGAAACUGUUUUAUGCACUAGAGCGUAUUUGCAUCUUGACAUCACAGUCCCAUGUAUUCAAAAAGAUUUGUUCUUUAUGUAAAAUAAAUUACUCUAAAUGCUCAAAAUGGUUUGCAGAUUGGAGCCGAAUAAACUGUACUGGCACAUCAGA